AUGAUGCUGCUCCUGCUUCUGUUACUGCCACCAACGCUGGAGGCGCAGAGUCCGCAGCUGGUGGGGCAGCGGCAGGAGGAUGGUGUGUGUGUAUGCAGUGUGGACCCUGAGCUCUGGACGUUCCCCGUGCAGAAGUUUGAGAACGUCCAGCAACAGCUCGACUCCUGUGACGACUCCCUGGACAACCUCAAAGAACAGGUGCAGCUGUCCCGUGAUCGUCUGCCCCUCUUCCAGUCCGCUGUGGCCAAUAUGAGCGCGCGUCUCCAGCCCUUUGAGUACCUCCAGUACAAAGGACUGUACUCCACGCUGCGCCUGCGCCAGCUCGGUACCGACAUCAACCAGCUGGAGGCGCACAUGAGCGCAGUGCACAGUCAGUUCAAUAACGAGCACACCCGGGCUCUCACAGAUGAGGUCGUCAAAAUCCGUCAAAAUGUGAAACGAAUGAAGACGACCGAUGACAUCAAUUUGAAGACAAUGAAAGAGCAAGUGCGCUAUUUAAAGAACAGAGUUGAAUCCUGUAAAUCGAUUCCCAAUGACUUCAGAGUCAAGCAUCCAUACUGCAGCAAUGGUUUAAUCAAGAACAUCAGUGAACCAGUGGCAACAAAGAUCAGCCCAUUUGGAAAGAGCUACAUCUCAGGCUCAUGGGGCAAAGAGGCUCAGGUGCUGGACCGCGAUGGACCGGUGGAGGACCAAGACAUCUACUGGGUGCAGCCUCUGGUCAACAGCCACAUCUUUGGCAAUGUCCUACGCGUCUAUCCAACCUACGACGACUUCAUGGCCACUACUAACCACAAAGAUUACACAUUUGCCCCGUCCCACACCCACGCCAAUUCUAUAGAGGGCCCCAGUGCUGUGCUUUAUGGCAAGGCACUUUACUACCACUGCUACAAGUCCCAAGAGAUUUGUCGAUAUGACCUGACCAAUAACAACAUACAAAGAGCCACACUGCCUGGUACUGGUGUGGGCAGACACAACAAGUUUCCUUAUUGCUAUUACGACUGUCGCGCACACAGUGACAUAGACUUGGAAGCGGAUGAAACAGGUCUGUGGGCUAUAUACGCGACAUUGGGUAACCAUGGCAACAUUGUGCUCAGUAGGAUAGUAUGGGACGGUAAGACAGAGACUUUGAACGUAACUCAGACAUGGGAGACUAGGGUGUUUAAGAAGGCGGUGAGCAAUGCUUUCAUGGUGUGCGGAGUUCUGUACGCAACCAGGUAUGAUAGUGAGAACCGCGAGGAGGUGUUCUAUGCGUUUGACACGGCGACAGGGCGAGAGGACAGCAGCCUGGCUCUGUCCCUGGAGAAGGUGGCGAAGGGUGUGGCCAGUCUGAGCUACAAUCCCACAGACAAGAGGAUCUACAUGUACAACGAUGGCUAUCUCCUGGCUUAUCAGGCGAUGUUCUACUGA